GCAACCCAACGCGAGUGGAAGGGUUGUAAGUGUGCGCAUCUCAUCAAACACUUGCUAGUAGUAUGCGAAAGGAAGAACGAUGCCAAUUGCAGCCAGAUUUUCCGUGAAGACAUAGACGAGCCGACUCGUGAAAUAUUGAUUCCUUGUUCAGGUCCAGAGCUCCCGGCUCUCCAGCGCGAUGCAACCACAGAAGGAUAAAGGGAAAUCAAUAUUCGGUACCAUGGCUUCCGGCAGCGAUGAUCACCUAGUUUUCAUUUUUGUUUUCAUUCUCCCAUGAUUCUUGGUGAACCUCACCCGAAGGUCCAAUACCUUGCUGUUGAUAGGAAACGGGUUCUUCAGCCACAGGGAGACACCAACUGCAAAGUUGCACAAUGCACGUGCAAAACUAGAUGAGGAUAUCGGUCCUCGCCUCAACUAAAUCCCCAUCCAUGGGCAUCCAACUUAACCAACGAACUGCUGAAGCUCCUGUGUUCCUUGCGCAUGAGGGGCUGCUGUGACCACUAAGAAUGCAGAGAUGCCACCACUCACCAGCCCUAAUUUGAGCGUUGGGAUUUCUUGCUUACUAGCAUCUUCAUCGAGAAAACUAACCUCCGCAGAACGAAGCACCUUCAUCCAUGUCGUCGCAUCCGUUAGAGGACCAGCAAUCAUUCUCCGAAAACUGAAUGUAACGUAUACUACAAAUAGCGAGCGCCAUCCCGUAAAAAUGGGCUACUCAUGGAGAUACCACGGCCAAUAUAACCCACCGGCCAUGCUGUUCGCCUCUAAAUCGGUUAUCCCACUGAUUGCUCUCUUGUCUCCCAGCGCACAAGCAUGGGGCACGAAGGUUCAUAGCCAAAAGAAGUUUUAUGGUCGAAAGCUUCCUGACACCGCAGACGAACAGGAUCAUCAAACAUAUCGUCGAACCACAAUAUGAUGGCUCGAUUGGCCGUGCGGCCGCGUGGGCAGACGAGUGUGGGCGUACAGAUGAGGGGAAGGAUUCGCCCACAUGGCACUAUAUCAAUCCGGCGGAUAACCCCCCGGCCUAUGAAACGUUUACUACAACAGGGACUGCACUGAGCCGGGAUGCAUUGUCCAAGCCCUUGCAAAUGCCACAGUCAAGGUUGAGUCUUGCGUACAUGCCAUCAAAUCUGGAAAACUCAAACAUGAAUCGGACAUCGCGUCGGGACGAAGAAUGGGAGGGUGUUGAACGGGGGCUUCCUGUUGUGAAUGGCUGUGCAGAGGGGAGCGUGGCUGAUGUUGAGGAUGAGGGUGCUGGUGAUAGCAGUAGUGACCGUCGUGAGAAGGGGAGAAGUGGGUCUGGGACGCCGCAAUCAUCACAGCCGAAGCAAAAGUCGACAACGGCUUCUCCAACCAAACCAUCGACCCUUACUUCUCCAAGCUCCUCUCGCGCAUCAAGAGGGACAAUUUCUACAUCCCCAUUCAAGCAGGUAGAAUGCACCGACCCCAAUUGCCUGCGCCCUCGCCUGGUCCCGCGACGCGAAUGCGUUGACGUGCGAUUAUGUCUUCAGCCGGUAUUCAAUGAUACUGAUCUGCUGGAGACCGGGUAUGCGAGCGGUGCGGUUCCGAUUGUGCAGUCGCAGGUGAGCAAGUUUGCGCUGAGGCUAGCGACGUGGUUGAAUCGGCUUGUCGGGGGUUGGUAUAGGGAUCGAGAGGUGAUUCUGCGGACCCACCCGAGUUGGAUGUUAGGGCCGAUGAAGGGGAAAUGA